CCUCCUGCUGCCGUGAGGCUAGACAGCUAGCGUAGCUAACAACAGAUUCGGAACAAACAAUCGCGAAAAGUAUGCUUCUGUGAUUCUUCUGUCUUUACGCUAUAGCGCAAAUGCUUCCGACGAUAUUCCUCUGAUUACCCGCGUACACAAGUAGUGUAUUAUAUAACGUCCUAGUUAUGCUUUUGUGCGAUCUGCAGUCAUGUUCUCAAGCUAGCUAGGCAACCAGUCAAUCAAUAACAACCUAGCUGACAAGCCAGCUAUCAAAAUAAACGGUUGGUCUGCCAAAAUGAACUCGUUCAGACAUUGAGACCGCGGUUAUUAUGCAUGGACUGUAUUAAUGAAUUACUGUUUUGAUAUAAUUGAUCGGUUUUAAUGACUCGUUUUUCGUUGAGCGCUGCUAAAAUGCAAUAGCAGAAUCUUAUUUAUUUGCUGAAUAUUAAAUCGACAACCUCGUCCUACGUUUAAAUUGACUAAGAAGGUUUUUAAGAUGGAUAAAAAAUCUUUUGAAAUCGUUUUGGACGAAAUAAGAAAGUGUGUUUUGACAGAUCAGCGGAUUAAGGCAAUCGAGCAGGUGCAUGGAUAUUUCUCCAGUGAACAGGUGAUCGACAUUCUGAAAUACUUCUCCUGGGCAGAGCCUCAGGUGAAGGCAGUGAAAGCGUUUCAACAUAAAAUGGUUGCCAUUCCUACAACCAAGGUUGCAAAAAUCUUGAAUACUUUCACCUUCUCAAAAGACAAGCUUACUGUGCUGGAGCUUAUAGCUCUAAAUAUAUCCGAUGCCCAUAAUUACUCACCAGUGGAGGACCAGUUCCGCAUUCACCUGGCAGAAAAAAAACGUGCACGACAGUUACUUGAGCAGGUGUGUAAGGUGGGAUGUAAAGCCCCAGUGGCAAUGAUUUCCUCUUGUGGGAUGAUUCCUGGAAAUCCUUAUCCUAAAGGAAAACCCAGCCAGGUCACUGGAACCUUUCCUGGUAUGCCUCCUAGGAAGGAAGAAGAGGAGGUGAGUUCAGAAGGAAAAGGGAUUGCAAACCGCAUCAUUGGACCCAGCAAACCAUCUCCAUCGACCUACAAUCCACACAGGCCAAUACCAUACCCGAUACCUCCCUGCAGGCCACAUGCCACUAUCGCACCAAGUGCGUACAACAACGCAGGCCUGAUGUCUGUGGGAGGGGUCAUUACAGCACAUGUGCCCCCCCCACCCUACUCUGCCACUCCAAAGUUAGCAGCUUAUACUCGACCUGCCAGUCAACAGAAUCCUCCCUCUGGUCCCUCUGCCACCUCAAGUAUAACACCUUCCAGUUCAGCUCCUCCUACCUCUGUCAGCUCCCAAGCUCAACCCACCACUCCAGUUACUCCUGUUUUCCCAGGAGUUGUUUCUUCUCAAGGUUCUGUUGCCCAAUCUCCCGGCCCUGCCUCAACUUCCUCAGUGAUCAGAAGUCCCCCUUUGCCUUCUGGUUCUCCUCAGGUCACACCAAACCCCAGUGGUCAUAGCACCCCUACUCCCACUGGCCUGCCACUUUCUGGAAGGAACACUCCAUCAGUUAUCAGAUCCCACACUCCUUCCAGCACAUCUGGUAUUCCUCCUCCACCAUAUGGGACAUCCCGCUCUGGAACACCUUCAGGCAUUCUUACUCCCAAGGGGGCAGUAGAUCCUUCCCAGAGUUUAGCACUUUCCUCCUCUAAAGGCUUUCUGUCUUCUGCUGAGCUCCAGUCAACUCCUCCUAAUCCAAAAUGCUCUACCAAUUCAGUCAUUCGCAGUUACACACCUGCAGGAGCACCUGGACGUUCCACUCCUAUGCAGGUAAUGGGUACCCCAGUGCCCCCAUGUACUCCUAGUCCCAAACUAUCCUCUGGCACAUCUCAGAGUGGCACAACUAACCCUGCCUUGUAUAGCGACCAGCCCUUAAACUCAGUUGUCCAGCAUGGUGGAGGCAGUGGCAGUAACAGUCCAGUCCCUUCAGCCUUCAAAGGUCCAUCAUCCAGGUCAGGCACACCCUCACUCAGCUCACUAGUGAUGCCCAAUUCUGCUGCCCUGGCUCGCUCACUGGGCCUGAGCCACAGUGCAGCAUCUCCCCUCGGCACUCUAGGCUCCCAGCCUGUAGGCAGUCCUGCCACAUCAUUCCAGUGCAUCUCUCCCUUUUCUGCAAUGUCCACAGCAUCACCUCUUAAUGCAGUUCAAUCCUCCAUGCAUUCUUCAGUUUCAUCUGCACCAACAGCACCUUCCAUUGCAUACUGUGACCCCACUGGGACUUCUUCUCCUUCACCUUUUGGCCUUGGACUCACCACAAAUCCCUCCAUGAUUCCAGGUUUGGCCCCAGGACAGAACCCUGCCUUCCCUGGGUUUGGGGGUUCAGGUCCUCCAGGAGCAGGUAGUCCUGUUCUUUCUUCCUUGAUGGGGCUUACAGGUGCCUCUUCCUCAGUGGCUACAGUGGCUCCCCUCCAAGCAGCUGCAGUGGCAGCUGCAGCAGCAGGUGUCCCCUCCACCUCACCUGUGCUUCCUGGCUUUGCCUCUGCAUUUAGUUCGAACUUCAACCCCACUUUGGUGGGCCAGUCAGGUGGUGGUCUUCAGGCCUCAGCAGCGGCUGCUUUCCCUGGACUCCUGUCUUUUCCUGCAGGGGUUCCUGGUUUUUCCUCCAGCCCCGCUCCAGCAGCUCUCUCAGGCAUCCACAAUUCAGCUGUUCAGUCAGCUUUGCUGCAGGCUCAUUCUGCAUCAGCGCUGGAAAACUUUCCUCCUCAACCUAAUGGCUUCAGCAGCUACUCUGCAGCGUCUCCAUUCCCCCCUCCAGCUGCAGGAACCCCCUUUCCCCUUCAGCCUGGUCUGCACCCACAGCUGGGCUGGCAAUAAUCGGUUGUAUUAUGCACUGUGACAUUAAACAUAAACAGUAAUAUUUUGAACACUUCAGAACAUCAUCAUUACUACAUCAUUACCCUUGUGCUUCCUCUUCUGGGGAAAGUUGUUUUGCAUUAUAUGGUUAAAAGCAGCAUUGCAUGCAAUAACAAUUGUAACAGUUGAAAUAUUUCAGUAGUAUUGAAAAAAUAUUUUUUAUAAUUAAUUCUUUUCGUGAAAAGUGCCAACCAGCUCUAAAUCCAAGAAAAAGGAUAACGGAUAGCUUGUUGUUACCUUCAAGGGGAAAUUCCACCCCUAAAAAAAAAAAAAAAAACAAGUAAAA